AUGGAGGAAGCUAUUGAUGGUAUGUUUCUCAUAACUUUUCAAUCAGAAUUUGUUAAACAAAGGAUUAUUAGAGGUCAAUCAUGGCAUUUUUUGGGUCAUUAUCUGUCACUUGUUGAGUCAUCUGGGAUUAAUCAGGUUGUAGUGAAGGAUUUUAAGAAUAUUUCUUUCUGGAUCCAAGUUCAUGGUAUUCCUAUCAAUAAUAUUAAUGAAACUUUGGGGUCAAAAAUUGGAAUGAUAAUAAGAGUUUUUGCGGAAUACGAUGCUGAAAACUCAAGCACUUUUAUGCGAAUUAGAGCAUUGUGGGAUAUAAAUCGUCCUUUAUUACGGGAAAUGUUAUUUGAGGGGGAGGACCAACUAUCUAAUAUGUGGAUCUCUUUUAAAUAUGAGAGGCUGAAUACUUUUUGCAAGUUUUGUGGUCUAUUGGAUCAUGUUCAUACUAAGUGUGUAGCGCUAUUGGAGGAGACUGAGGCAGGAACUCGACCAAUCUUAUAG